AUGGACAACGAAUGUAAUGACGUAAAUAUUAAUGAAAAAAAAAAAGAUGAAGAAAAUGAGCUAGAACAAAUUCAAUCAAAUGAACACGAUGAAAUAAAUUCUGAAAUACAGAAAGAAAAUAAUGAACAUGAAAAGGAUAAAGAGAAUAUCAUUAUUGAGAAUGUGAAUGAAAAUAAAGAAAAUACAAACGAUAUAAAUAAUAAACAUAUAAAUCAUUUAAAUAAAGAAAAUACCAACGAUAUAAAUAAUAAACAUAUGAAUGAUUUAAAUAAAGAAAAUACAAACGAUAUAAAUAAUAAACAUAUAAAUGAUUUAAAUAAAGAAAAUACAAACGAUAUAAAUAAUAAACAUAUAAAUGAUUUAAAUAAAGAAAAUACCAACGAUAUAAAUAAUAAACAUAUAAAUGAUUUAAUUAAAGAAAAUACAAACGAUAUAAAUAAUAAACAUAUAGAUGAUGAAGAAAAAAAUGACCUAAAUAAUGUUGAGGAUGAAAAGAAUAAUACUCAUAAAAAAUUAACAAGUGAUAACGAAUCCCCAAUUGAUUUACAUACAGAUAAUAAUAAAACAAACAAAGACAUAAAUACAACUGAUGAUAAUAAUACAAAUAAACAACUCCCUUUUGAAGAAAAUAAUUUCUUUGAUAAUAAUUUUUCAGAUUUUCAAAAGGCUCAAGAAAAUCCUGACAAACAAAAAAAUAAUAUUUCACUCAAUUCUAUAUAUAAUGAUAUAAAAAACUAUGAACAAGAAUUUUUAAAUAAUUUAAAAAAUGAUCAACAAGUACAAGAAAUAAAUUUAUUAAAUAAGGAUAACACAAAUUUAUUAGAACAAAUAAAUUUUAAUAACAUAGAAUCUAUUUCAAACUUUUUAAAUAAUUAUAAAAAUAAUUCUUCUGAAAAUCAUUUAUUGAAUUCUUGUAUGAAUGAAAAUAUACAGUCAUUUAUAGAAGAAGAAAAAAAAUAUAACAAAAAAAAUAAAAUUAAUAAAAAUUAUAUUAAUCAGUCGAUGUUCUUGAAUUCGUUACAUCCAAAUUUUAGUCAAAAAAUAUUUAAAGAAUAUUCUAAACAAGGACCAAGUUACGAAUCAGGUGAUAAUCCAAGAAAGUAG